AUGUCGGCCGCACAGCUUCUCAACCCAAAGGCCGAGUCGCGGAGACGCGGCGAGGCCUUGAAGGUCAACAUUGCUGCCGGAGAGGGUCUGCAGCAGGUCCUUUCGUCCAACCUGGGUCCCCGCGGCACCUUGAAGAUGCUGGUUGAUGGCGCCGGUGCCAUUAAGCUUACCAAGGAUGGCAGCGUCCUUCUCCGCGAGAUGCAGAUUCAGAACCCCACCGCCGUUAUGAUUGCCCGCGCUGCCACCGCCCAGGACGACAUCACCGGCGACGGCACAACUUCCGUGGUUUUGAUGGUUGGCGAGCUGCUCAAGCAGGCAGACAGGUACAUCUCCGAGGGUCUGCAUCCCCGCGUGAUUACGGAUGGCUAUGAGAUGGCAAAGACGGAGGCCCUGAAGUUCCUGGACGAAUUCAAGUUGUCCAAGGAGGUUGACCGCGAGCUGCUCCUCUCCGUGGCCCGUACCUCGCUCUCCACCAAGUUGAACAACACGCUCGCCGAGCAGCUGACGCCCGACAUCGUCGAUGCUGUCCUCGCCAUCUACAACGCUCCCGCGAAGCCUGACUUGCACAUGGUUGAGAUCAUGACCAUGCAGCACCGCACUGCCGCCGAUACCCAGCUGAUCAGGGGUCUGGCUCUGGACCACGGCGCCCGCCAUCCCGACAUGCCCAAGUACGUCGAGAAUGCCUACAUCCUGACUCUCAAUGUCAGCCUGGAAUACGAGAAGUCGGAAAUCAACUCAGGCUUCUUCUACUCGAGCGCAGAGCAGCGUGACAAGCUCGUGGAGAGCGAGAGGCGGUUCGUGGAUGAGAAGCUGAGGAAGAUCGUCGAGCUGAAGAAGGAGGUCUGCGGCGACGACCCGAAGAAGAACUUUGUGAUAAUAAACCAGAAGGGCAUUGACCCCAUGAGUCUGGAUGUGUUGGUCAAGAACGGCAUCCUUGCCCUGCGCAGGGCCAAGAGGAGGAACAUGGAGCGGUUACAGCUGAUCUGCGGCGGUACUUCUAUGAACAGCGUGGACGACCUCACCCCCGAGGUCCUUGGCUGGGCUGGCAAGGUCUACGAGCACCAGCUGGGCGAGGAGAAGUACACUUUUGUGGAGGACGUCAAGGACCCUAAGUCGGUCACCCUUUUGAUCAAGGGCCCCAACGCACACACUAUCACGCAGAUCAAGGAUGCCGUCCGCGACGGUCUGAGGAGUGUGUACAACAUGAUUGUGGACAAGAGCGUCGUCCCCGGCGGUGGUGCCUUCCAGGUCGCGUGCGCUGCACACCUUAAGAGCGAUGCGUUCAGGAAGCAGAUCAAGGGCAAGGCGCGUUACGGCGUGGAGGCGUUCGCGGACGCGCUCCUUAUCAUUCCCAAGACGCUGGCUGCGAACUCCGGCCACGACAUCCAGGAUGCCCUGGCCGAAUUGCAGGACGAGCACGCGGAGGGCAACAUUGUGGGCUUGGACCUGAACUCGGGCGAGGCGAUGGAUCCGGUGCAGGCCGGCGUGUACGACUCGUUCCGCGUUCUCCGCAACUGCAUCGCAUCCAGCACGGGCAUCGCUUCGAAUCUGCUGCUCUGCGACGAGAUGCUCAAGGCACGGCAAAUGGGCCGCGCACCGGAUCCGGCGGCGGACAACCAGUAA